AAUUUAAUAGUAGAGCCCAACAGAAGUCUCAAUGUUGGCGUUUCAGGAGUCCCGCCAGUUUGUGCAGAUGUGGACGAGUUGGGGGCUCUUGCACACUAACGCAGCUAAAAGGCGAAAUUUUAUAGUACUUGCUAGAGGGAAUACACAUCUUGUAUAGCCGGGUCUGUUUGACCAACAGCAUCAUUGCCGUUAUCAGCUGCCAUACAAUCACAAGUUUUAGCCCCCACCAUGUCUCGUCACCAACCUGGACGAGACAGGUUGUGAGAUUCCUCAAAUUCAGGGUUUUUCAUUUUCAGGAGUCUUGCAAGUUGAUGCAGAUAUGGAUGAGGCAGGAUGGGGCUCUCACAAACUAACAGUCAAAAGGAAGAGAUUUCUUGGUACUUGAUUGACGAACACACAUCUUGCAUAGCUGGGUGUGUGAUCCGAUGCUGCCAUUGGAGAGAGAUGACCAUGGUUAAAGUCCACAGGCUGGUGUCACCAAAGAACUUUCUCUAGAUUGUACUCUGAAGUUCAACUAAAUUGGUUGUAGCGCUGUUUUUAUCAAUUACAAGAUGAAUGGGAUGCAAUUAUGUUCACUGAAAAUAUUCUAUCCACAAAGAACUCUUCUCAACUGCAAGUAUGCUCUAGGCUCCGAGGUAUUGAAGACUGUAUGUAGAUCCACAUGCACUGAGGUUGGCUCUAUUAGUAGCUUUGGAAAGUCCAAGAAAGAAGAAGAUAUAGACUUCAGAAAUGCUAAAGCAUUCUCUGAAAUGCCAGGUCCCAAAGGGUUGCCUUACAUAGGAACAUUGCUUGAAUAUCGUUUGGGCCGUUUUAAAAUUGAAAGGUAUGUGGAUGCUUUGUUGGAGCGCCACAGGAUGUAUGGUCCAAUCGUGAAAGAGACUCUACUCGGCCACACCUCUGUGCAUCUCUUCCAUCCAGAGUUGGUAAAGCAGUAUUACAGAAAUGAAGAGAAACUGCCCUAUGUACCGCCUCUGGUAGAAGCAACUCAGUUGUAUCGAAAAAAACAGAAAUAUUCUCCAGGACUAGGAAACAUGAAUGGAGAAGAGUGGUAUAGACUGAGGUCAGCUGUUCAGCAGAUGAUGAUGAGACCAAAAGAAGUUUCGGCAUUUUUCCCACAUGUAGCUUGCGUUGCUGAUGACUUCAUUCGACGAAUAAGCAAGAUCCGUGAUGUCAAAGGAGAAGUUCCUAAUACCCUUAAUGAGUUUGCAAAGUGGUCUAUGGAAUCCUCUGGAUUAGUAUGCUUUGAAAAGAGAUUUGGUUGCUUGGAUGAUGAAGGAAAUGUAGAAGCACAACAGGCAAUUGAUGCAGUGAGAACGAUUUUUAAGGUUUCUUCACAGCUGAAGUUUUCCCUUCCUCUUCAUGAAUUUGUUCCCACACCCAAGUGGAAAAAGUUAGAGGCUGCAGAGGGUUUCUUGUACAGUUAUGUAUUACGUAACAUGGAGCAGACAAUUUCUGCGAUUGAUGACCUGCAGAAGAAGGGCCAAUUAGCUGAGGACAAAUACAUGUUCAUGUCCUACCUGCUAUCCAGGAAAGGGCUGAGCUAUGAUGAUGUCACCAUCCUGACUCUGUCACUGUUUAGUGAUCCACAGAGCACAACUUCUCCCAUGCUGCUUUUUAACAUGUACUGUUUAGCAAAGAAUCCAGAAGUACAAGAUAAGUUGUCCAGAGAAAUUGAGCAGACUUUCCCUGGAGAUGAGCCUGUCACUGUGGAAAAAUUGGGCAAAAUGCCCUAUCUCAAAGCCUGUGUCAAGGAAACUUUCAGGUUGUUCCCAACGGGACCUGAAACCUCCCGUUUGGCCCCCAGGGACAUGGUGAUUGGAGGCUAUCAGAUACCUGCGGGGGUACGUAUUGAUCUGCACAACUUUGUCAUGUGUAUGUCAGCUGAGUACUUUGCGGACCCAGAGAAGUAUCUUCCUGAACGUUGGAUCAAAAAUGAUUCAGCCCAGAACAUACACCCUUUCAUCAUGAUCCCCUUUGGCCAUGGCCCUCGGAUGUGUAUUGGAAGGCGAUUUGCAGAACAAGAGCUGUAUGUGAUGCUGACAAAGCUUGUGAGGAAGUUUCACAUUCAAUGGCACAACUCUGACAUGGUUGUGAAGUACGAAUUAUUAUUGUCUCCAAAGAAACCUGCAAACUUCACAUUUGUGGACAGAAAAUAGAUAUGGAAGGAUCUAUCCUUUUGAAGCCAAAAGUGAAUUAAACUGAUGAACCGAUGAGUCACUGUAGACCAGAGAAUGAAUUAAACUUUUUCUGAACAUGUUAUUAUUAUACUGUACUAAUCAGCCAUUGGGUUCUUCAUAUCAUGUCUAAUUGUAAUACCUUUUACUCAGAAGAAAUAUUUAAAUUUGAAUUCAUGUAAUCAGUGCCAAAUCGUAAGUAUCAAAUUAAUUUUUGUGUGUGUGG